AUGUCACCUCCCAUGGUCGUGGCCGAGGGCGCCGCUCCUCCUCCAUCGCAAGAGGACGUGGGCGCCUUCAUCACAACAAUAUUCAACGCCAAGACCUCCGCCGCCUCCGUCGACGCUGCCUACGGUCUCUGCGAACUCCUCCUCGGCUCCGUGGGCUGUGUCGGCCUGACGCAGUACGGCAUCGUCGCCGAGAUCAAGAAGGCCGCUGCCGACAAGAAGAGCGGCCUCAAGCGCGAGAGCGCCCAGAACCUCCUCGGGGCCGUCUUCGAACGCUUCCCUCCUCGACAGCCCGUGAGCGAGACGGUCCUCCUCGUCCAGGACGGCGGUCUUUUGUCCGUGGCCCUAGACGCCCUCUCCGAUAAGGGUGCUGUGGUUCGCGAGGCCGCUCAGUAUGGCAUCGACGCUCUGUUUGCCAACCUGAGCCCCGAGGCUCUUGUUGUUGGCUUGUUGCCCGCUCUGAUUCGAUAUCUUUCCAAGAAGACUGGCAAGUGGCAAGGCACGGUCGCCGCCUAUAAGCUCCUUCAACGCAUGGCCGAUAAGGCUCAGAUCACUGUCGGCUGCACAAAGGAGGAGUCUAUCGAGAAGGAUAUUCUUCGCGACGCCAUGGGAACGAAACUUGCUGCUCUUAUUCCCAUCGUGGAGGAGGGCAUGCACGAUAUGAAGACUGAAGUCGAGAAGCAGGCCGGCGUUGCCAUGACCUCGCUCACCACUCUUCUCUCCAACGACGAUGUCGCCCCCCGUAUCCCUCUACUUAUCGACACGAUGCAGCACCCUUCCGCCACUACUCUUCAAAAGGCCAUCCACGCCCUGUCGCAAACCACCUUCGUCGCCGUCGUCACGUCCCCCGUGCUGGCGCUCCUCACCCCCUUGCUCGAGCGCUCCCUCAACACCCCAACCACCUCCCAAGAAGUCCUCCGCCAGACCGUCGUCGUCGUCGAGAAUCUCACGAAACUCGUCCAUGACCCCAUCGAGGCCCGUACUUUCCUUCCCAAGCUCAAGCCCGGUGUGAAAAGUGUGUCCGAUCGUGCUUCGCAGCCCGAGGUUCGAGAACUAGCCGACCGUGCCCUCUCCGUUAUUGACAAGGCGAUGGGCGACGGACAGAAUGUCGUUGAGCGCACGAGCGCUGGUGAUGUUGCUGCUCUGCUCGAUGAGCAGAUCAAGAAAAACGGCGGGCUUGCCGGCCAGGCCGACCUCUACAAGCUCGCCCGGUCCUACAUUUGCGAGAUGGUGGCUGAGGAUGUCAAUCAUGGUCAGGUUCUGCGCAUCGCUGGAAGGAUCGGGCCGUACCUAAAGGGCUUCACGAGAGGCGCCAGUGCCCAUGAUGCCGUUGCGGAUGCCGUCCAAGAGUUCUACGUAUUGGAGGACAGGCGUAAGCACGGCGAGCCUGAAAAGGAGGACGACGGCGAGGUUGAGAUCGUGAACGCUGAUUUCUCCCUGGCCUACGGUGGUAUGCUUUUGCUAUCGCACACCAACCUCAGGCUUCUCAAGGGCCACCGCUACGGUCUUUGCGGUCGCAACGGUGCCGGAAAGUCCACGCUGAUGAGGAGUAUCGCGAACGAAAAGCUCGAAGGUUUCCCCCCUCAGUCUGUCCUUAGGACCUGCUACGUCGAGCACAACCAGGGCGAGGAUGCCGAUAUUAGCAUUCUCGAGUUCGUCUCCAAGGACCCUGAGAUCGCCAAGGAAGGCCAGGAGCGCAUUUCCGAGGUUCUUGCCGAGUUCGGCUUCACCCCCGGCCCUGAGGGUCGUCAGGCCCAGAAGGUCGGGUCCCUCAGUGGUGGUUGGAAGAUGAAGCUUGCUCUGGCCCGAGCCAUGCUCCAGAAAGCCGACGUCCUACUCCUGGACGAACCUACUAAUCAUCUCGACGUUGCCAACGUCAAGUGGCUCGAGAAUUACCUCAAGAGCAAUACCCAGAUCACCAGUUUGAUCGUAUCCCACGACUCUGGCUUCCUGGACGAGGUUACCACGGAUAUCUACCACUACGAGCCCAACAAGAAGCUCGCCCACUACCGCGGCAACCUCGCCGCGUUCGUCAAGAUGCGACCCGAGGCCAAGAGCUACUAUACCCUCUCCGCCUCCAACGUCCAGUUCAAGUUCCCCGCCCCUGGUCUCCUGACCGGAGUCAAGUCCAUGACCCGCGCAAUUCUCAAGAUGAGCAAUGUCUCCUACACCUACCCCGGCGCCCCGAAGCCAUCCCUCGUUGAUGCCUCCUGCCAGCUCUCGCUGUCCUCUCGAGUUGCCAUCAUCGGUCCCAACGGUGCCGGCAAGUCCACUAUGAUCAAGCUUCUGACUGGUGAACUCAUCCCCACGACCGGCCGAGUCGAGAAGCAUCCCAACUUGCGUAUCGGCUACAUCAAGCAGCACGCUUUGGAGCACGUCGAGAUGCAUCUCGAGAAGACGCCUAACCAGUACCUGCAGUGGCGAUAUGCCCACGGCGACGAUCGAGAAGUGCACUUGAAGCAGACCCGUAUCCUUUCGGACAAGGACAAGGAGCAGAUGAAUAAGUUUGUGGAUAUCGGUGACGGCAAGCCGGCCAAGCAGAUUGAGGCUUUGAUUGGUCGUCAAAAAUACAAGAAGACGUUCCAAUACGAAGUAAAAUGGCGAAACAUGCUCCCUAAGCACAACUCCCAAGUCUCCCGCGAAACCCUCACAGAGCUAGGCUUCGCCAAACUCGUCCAGGAAUUCGACGACUACGAAGCCGCCCGCGAAGGUCUCGGCUACCGCGAACUCCAACCCUCCGUGAUCUCGAAGCACUUCGAAGACGUCGGUAUGGACCCCGACAUCGCCAACCACAACGAGAUCGGCUCCCUCAGCGGCGGCCAAAAGAUCAAGGUUGUCCUCGCUGCGGCGCUCUGGUCCAAGCCGCACGUCCUCGUGCUUGACGAGCCGACUAACUUCUUGGACCGCGACUCGCUUGGCGGUCUGGCCGUGGCCAUCCGCGACUUCAAGGGUGGAGUCAUUCUCAUUUCCCACAACGACGAGUUCGUCGGCGCCUUGUGCUCGGAGCAGUUCUAUGUCAACGACGGGAAGGUUACGUACAAGGGCCAGUCGGCCGUGCAUUCCGACCGCUUCGAGGAUAGCAGCGCCGUUCCCAGCACGGCUGCCAGCAGCGCGGCCCCCAGUGCUGCGCCUAGUGCCGUGCCGAGCGCUGUGCCUAGCGCCGUUAACAGCGGAACCGAGGAUAACUCGUCGCCGAUGAACUUCAAGGCCCGGAAAAAGAAGAAGGGUCUUACUAAGAAGGAGCUGAAGGAGAGGGCGGUUAGGAGGAGGCUGAGGGAGAUUGCUUGGCUUUCGAGCGCGCCUGGGACUCCUAAACCUCCAGACACGGAUGAUGAGGAGACGAGGAAGGAGCGCGAGGAACCCCUCGACAAAGUUCGGCCUCCUCGAACCAUUCUUUCUCUUCUUUACCUCGACAGACAGCCCAGAAAGGCGGAGCUUCUAGCUUGCAUCCUGCAUCGAGGCCCUUCCUUUGUCAGGGAUAUCCUCGACGACGUCCGACAGCUUGAUUGGGGACAUCUUUUGAUCUGGUACCCGAGGCAAGUCCCGCCGCCCGCAGCAACUGCAAGCCGUGAGGAAUGGAUGCGAUGGGCGGACACCCGGUAUAUUCCCGACCUUUGGCCCCAGCCCAGUAUUGACGACUUCACGCCGGCCCAGAGGAAGUUCCGCUCGCUAGUUACCAAUGUGGAAGUUAUUGGUACUACCCCCGACGCGAUCAAGUGGACGCUGGAUAUAGAUCUCAACCAAGAUCCUCAUGAUAUCAUGGAUGAAACGACUCGGCGCGUAGCGAAAGAGUCAUGUUUUAGUCUGAUACGUCCACAACCACGCGCUACCGAAUCGGUCGACAAACGUGUGCCUCCCAGGGGAGCAUCUCCCGAACCAAGAGCACCACAACAACCUACGUCCCCAAGCCCGCAACGAUCAGCGCGCCGGCGGAGGCAUCAACACAAAAGGGCUGGAAUCGCAAUUGACAGCCCUCGGAACAGGCCCACGGCACAGAGUAACGCCAUCCUCGAACCCGCCCUGGAAGUUUGGAGACCGCGACUGGUCAUCGGAUCCCACCCAAGUCGACAUGGGCUGGGCAGAGCUGCUACCGAAGCCACCACAGCUACAGCGCCGGCCCAGGUUGCUAAGGAAGUCGAGUCCCAGUCCACGCAGUCCGAUGGAGUUAAAGACGAGGUAGGCAGAGCUGCCAUUGGCAAGGUGGCCCAGAAACUACUUGGUCUCGAACAAUAG